AAUCUACCUACCUGGGUACAAAUUUCCCAUUCAUAUCAAUACCGUUAAAAAAAUGGUCAUUAAGGGAGCUUAAGAGAUUACUGAUAAUUUCCUCUAACUUUAAAGAAUUCGUGACAUUUGGUUUUUCCUAUCCCGUUUUAUGUACCUGCAAGAAUGAUUCGAUUGUUUUAGAAAAUGUUUAGUGUUUUUAAAAAGUUCAUUUGUGGUUGACAUACAUAGUUUUACAGUCGGUAGUGUAAAUUUGAUGCGAUGGAAUUCCGGGUGUAUCUGUAUUUGAUUUUUUGUUUUAAUUUUGUGGCCGUAGCAGGAGGAAAGUUAUUUUUAUAUUUUCCAACAAUUACUUGCACAGCUUCAAAAGGAGACUUGUGCAUGCCUAUCAGACAAUGUCCAUUUUUUAACGAUCUUCUGAAUAAUAAUCCAAUACCUCGACCCAGAAAUGUAAUAAGUGCUAUCAGAGAAAAUCAAUGUGGUUUUAAAGGAAAAACUCCCUAUGUGUGCUGUAGUAGGCCGACUACUAUUGCCCCAGAGACCACAACAGAAUACAAAACGGUAUCUCCUUUUUCCACACACGUAUCUGAUAGAUUUUCUGAUUCUCUAACAAAACACUAUAACUACCGUUUGCUACCCCAAAAUAUUUGUGGAAUUGUCAGUACAGGUUCGAGGAUUACUAAUGGACAGACUGCUGGAUUGAAUGAAUAUCCAUGGAUGGCAUUAAUAUUUUAUAAUAGUUCAGAUGGUGUAAUUGACUUUAGAUGUGGAGGAUCUGUUAUAAAUGACAGAUAUGUCCUUACAGCAGCUCAUUGCGUAUCAGAUCCCUCGGUAAUUGGUGUGCGAUUGGGAGAGUACAACGUACAAACUCAGAUAGACUGCAAUCCAACCACGGGUUACUGCGCACCUCCUACUCAAGAUUUUCAGAUCGAGAAAAUAAUUAUUCAUCCAAAUUAUAACUCCAAAACGUUUUCUGAUGAUAUUGCCUUAAUUAAACUUAAAGGACCUGCCAAUUUCGAUCGUGAUAACGUAAAACCAAUCUGUUUGCCUGUAGAGUCAACUCUUACCAGUAGAUCUGCGAUUGUAGCCGGAUGGGGAGUUACAGAAGAUGGUUAUAAAAGUCAAGUAUUGCUUCAGGUGCGCAUACCAGUGUUACCUCUUCAGGAAUGUCAAAAGAUAUACGACAACUUUGCUAAAAUAACAUCAAAUCAAAUUUGCGCUGGAGGAUCUAAUGGGCGAGAUUCAUGUGGUGGAGACAGUGGAGGGCCUCUUAAAGAAAUUGGAGAAGUAAAUGGAAAAAUGAAAUUUAUUCAACACGGUAUUGUAUCAUUCGGACCAAGAAACUGUGGGACAGAAGGAAGACCUGGUAUAUACACAAAAGUAUCUAGUUAUAUGAAGUGGAUAUUGGAUAAUCUGGAAGAGUAUUAAAUAUAUAUCAAGAUAAUUAUUGAUAUAAAAAUUGUAAAUAUUAGUUAGGUGCGUUGUAAAAUAUUGGUGGUGAGCUUAUUAUCUGUAAGGUAGUAAAAUGUCUAAUUAUGAAUCCAGUGAUUUGUUAAUAUGGAG